AUGGGCAUGUACCUUUCGAAGAUGCUCAAGGAGCUGUUCGCGAAGAAGGAGAUGAGAAUAUUGAUGGUUGGUUUGGACGCGGCCGGAAAGACCACCAUUCUCUACAAGCUGAAGCUUGGCGAGAUCGUCACCACCAUUCCCACUAUCGGCUUCAACGUGGAGACUGUCGAGUACAAGAACAUCCAAUUUACCGUCUGGGACGUUGGUGGACAGGACAAGAUCCGUCCUCUCUGGAGACACUACUUCCAGAACACGCAGGGUAUCAUCUUCGUCGUUGACAGCAACGACCGAGACCGGAUAUCUGAGGCUCGUGAGGAGCUGCAGCGGAUGUUGAACGAGGAUGAGCUCCGGGAUGCUAGACUCUUGGUCUUUGCCAACAAGCAAGAUUUGCCCAACGCCAUGAACGCUGCUGAGAUUACCAACAAGCUCGGCCUUAACAGCUUGCGGAACCGUGACUGGUACAUCCAAUCCACCUGCGCUACGUCGGGAGACGGUCUGUACGAGGGUCUGGAGUGGCUAAGCAAUCAGGUGAACAAGCCCGUUCACCACGGAUAA